ACAGGUAAACAUAUAUUCUAUAAUUUCAUUAAUUGAAAGAUUACAAUAAGAAUAGAUAAUACAAUGUUUCGUAAUUGUCUUUUAUUUUUUAGAUAAUUCAUCGCUUGAACAUACCCUCAAAGAACAAAUUACAAAACUUGAUCUUAUUCAUAAAGAUGAUGCCUUGUCAAUUCGUUAUUUACCAUCAAAUACUUUUUCUUCUUCAACUCUUACUUAUUUAUGUAUUAAUGUGCAAACUUUUACUGAUUUUGUUUGUUUACUUGAUGGUCGUCUCAAACAGUUGAGUACAUUGAUUGUUCAAUUAUAUCAAAUGGAUAUUGAUUCAUCAGUUGUUCAUAAUUUAGAUGAUCUACCUAAUCUAAAGUGUUUUUCAUUAAUACAUUAUGGUUUAAUUGAAGAAUAUGAUAAUAAAAUUGUAUCUCAUCUUCGUCGUAUGAUAAACUUGGAAAAAUUAACUUUACCACUAUCAUAUGAUGUGGAGAAAUUAUCUGACAACACUAUUCAAUCAUAUGAAAUUGUUGAAUAUCCUCAUCUUACUUUCCUUGAUAUUUCAUGGGCAAAUGGUUAUUACAUCGAACAGUUUCUAAAUGAAACCAAAACACAUCUACCUCGUCUGUCCAAAUUAAGGGUUCGAUAUGAAGAAUUAAGAAUUAUUACAAAAGAUUUUACACGAGAAAUAACACGACGUAAUUGUGCUAAUGUAACACGAUUAGUUAUUGAAAGAACAAUUGUCGGAAAUAAAAGACAAUUAUUUCGUUUGCAACAAACAAUAGAAUAA